ACACCAAUCCUCCCUUUCUGUUUUCUUUUUAACCAUGGAGAUGUCGUGUGCAUGAAGAUUAACUAUCGCUGUUCGAAGAAAAAUAGAAGAUUGAAAAAAAUGCAGUUUUAAAACUUAUUUUUUUCUGUCUAGCAAGAUGUUUCAUGUAAAAUUUUGUGCCAAAAAAAGACUUCAUUUAUUUUUAUUUUUUCAAGUCAUUCAGAUUUUAUUGUCAACUUGGAAUUUUCCAUUUAUAAACUUUCCUGAAAAUUCUGUUUUAAAUCCAGGCGCAUACUUAUGCAAGAAAAUAGAAGAAAAUAUGGAAUGUUGCGAUGUCAGUGCAAGCUGUCUAAAAGUAAAAUCAUGCUGCAUCGAUAAGCUAUGGAGUAAAGAACUAAAUUUAAACCUGACUGGUUACUUUGAUUUUCUUAUUAAUGCAUCAAAAUCAUAUAAAGAACUAUACUGUAAAAGUGUUGUGCCCGUUUCAAAUUUGUCUGGUCAUACAAGCGAGCACGUAUGGAUGGUAGUUACUUGCACAGAAUCAGCUGAUGAAGAAAAUACAAGACAAUGUUUAAGCCAAACAAAUAAGUUUCAUCUUCCGGUUUUUGGAUCAGACUUUUAUUUAUAUCGUAAUCCAUUUUGCGCAAAAUGUAAUGGUGUUAAUAUAUUUAAACCUGUUAAUGUAAGCAUAAUGUGCAAGCGCAAGUCAAAAAGCAAUGUUUUGAAAGAACAUUUAUUAGAGAAGUAUGAAAAUUGUGAUAUUAGCAUUACAGAAAAUGAUUUCGACAUAAAAAGACAUAUAAUGCGUUGUGACCCACCAGAUAAUGCUUUUACUAAAAGUUGCCAUGUAAAAAAUAAAAGCUAUAAUCUUUGCCGUCCGUAUUCUGGUAGAUUUGACAAAUCGUACAAUUUUCGCUGUUAUAAAUCCGAAAUGAAUAACAAUAUUUUAAAAAAGAUUCCCAAAAAUUGCGAAAUAAAGUCCGUGACCACUCAUUCAACACGAGGGUUUUUUCCAUGGUCAAUAACUAUACAAUUUAAUUUAAAAUCAUUUCUAACUAUAAGAUAUAAUAAUGUUUUAGAAGAAAAUUCUUUACAAUUGUGUAAUGAAGAUGAAAUAUAUAAUAUACUAUCGGAAAAAUGUAUAAAAUUUUCUGGUUCUAAUAAUUACCGUAACGAGAUAAAUUGCUUAAAAGAAAGCGAAGCGCAAAAUCCAAGUUUAACAAAUUGUUUAUUGGUGAUAAAACUGCAGGUCUUCAUUUAUUUACAAACAAUCUCCAACUUUAGCAAAAUCAUGUUUUCAUUAAAACAUUUACCAGAUUUUAAAGACGAUUUUUACAACCUUUUUAGUAACCAAGAUUUUAGCGCGCCAAAUUUACUUCAACCGACUUCUUCUUUAACUACUUUUCAAAAAGCCAAUCAUCAAGUGAAUCAGCCCACAAUAUGGAUUUUAGAGAUUUAUAACAUUUAUGGCUUAAAAAGCAGAUACAUUGCCAAUAAACAUAGUUUUAAGCAAGUUUAUGAUGUUAAUAUGUCGAGUAGUAUUAAUGUGUCGCGUGGAAUAAACGUAGCUGAAAACUUAAAAGAAAAUAAAGUAUGCGCAGAAUAUGAGGUUUAUGAAUCAUCAGAUUUAAAACUUACUUCAUGUUGCAAUAAAACACAAAUUAAAUACAAAAACUUUGAAAUUGCAACCUGGUAUAAACUCAAUGAAGUCAAUAGAAAUCAAUUAAGUAUAGUUAACCGACGUGUCAGUAUUUGCAAGAGUUUUUACAGCUCGAUUACUGUUUGCACAAAAACUAUAAUAAAUAAAUUUAAAAUUGACGAAAAUAUGUCCGUAAUAUACUACAAUAACACUUUAAACAAAGAAUUCAAGUUGGACUUUUUUCAAUAUCAGAUCACACCAAACGGAUUUAGAGAAUGCAACCAAAUUUUACAAGUGAAAGCGGCAGAAAAAAAAUGGAUCAACAAUAUAAAAAUGAUUGAAAAGUAUAUUUAUCUCAUUGGGACACCAACUAGUAUUGUUUGUUAUAUGUUUAUCAUGGGAACGUAUUUUUUGUUUAAAGAAUUAAAGACUGUCGCUGGAUUAAACAUUUGCGCUAUGUGUUUUUUUCUGUGGCUUUCUGACAGCAUAUAUUGCAUCACUGCUUCGUUUAGUUUUCAAUUUUUAGCUUGCAAGUUCAUGGGAAUUUUUCUUCAUUGGACGCUAUUGAUUUCUUACUUUUGGAUUGUUUUGAUUGCAAUCGAUCUUAUGUUGAGAGUUUCUAAAACAAAUUAUGUACCUAAAAAGACUUUUUUUUUCAGGAGCUGCGCUGUUUCAAUACUACUUCCUUCUAUUUUAGUUGGUAUUUCAUUCACUUUAAAUGAAUUUAAUUUACCAUUUCAUGUCGGCUACGGUGAUCACGGUAUAUGUUGGAUUGUAGGAAAUUACGCCCGCUUAAUCUUUUAUGUGAUACCUAUAGGUGUUUUCUUUGGAAUAGUUAUUCUGCUUCUAAUUUAUGUUUUACUAGUUGUGAAAAGGUCGCAAAAAAUGAUGUAUGGUUGCGUUUCAAAAAAUAUGAGUUUGUCAAAAGUUGUUAUUAAAUUAGUGCUUAUUCUUGGUCUUCCGGAAGCAAUUGGUUUUUUUCAACACACUGAAGAUAAAGAUCUAAGUGAUGCAAUGAAUCGUACAGUAUUGUUUUUGUACACAUUUUUCCGAAGUUUUAGGGGCGCCAUACUUCUUGCUGUUUACGUGUCAAACACAAAAACAAUUAAUAUAUUUAAAAAAGCAUUGAAGAAAAAUUUGUCUACUAUAAAGGCCAGAAAUAUAUUUUAUAGGUUUCACGAGACUAAAAAAAGAAAAAGUUUGUUUACUACUGUUCAAAACACAAACGGAGAAAUUGUAAUCGAUCAAGUAAAAAUUUAAAUCAGAAAAGAGAAAACAACCCAGCAACUAUAGUAACCGACAACGACAAAUUUCGAAAAUGGGAACAUUGCGAAUUCGUUUUUUAUCAAAGUUACCUUUAUUAUAAUUAUUCUUUAUUUAUUUACGUUUAUAAUACUAAAAAUCAAAACAAUUGAAGCCAUUUGUUAUCUUAAAAAUCGUUUUCAGGUGGUCACGUAUUUUAAAUCAAACAUAUAAUAGUUAUUUGUUUGAGUAUUAUAAUUAUGUUAUAAUUAUAUGAUAAAAUUAUAAUUUUAUCAUAUUUGUAAUUGUAAACGUCUAAUUUUACAUGUUUGUUAAAAAAUUAUUUUUAUUUUAAAUAUUGCAGAACAUAGUUAUAGCACUUUGAUUGGUCAAAUUUGUUUACGAAUUGAUAUAAUUCAUCUUAACAAAAAGGAUUUUAUUUACCCAACAACGCCUAACAACUACCUAACAAACGCCUAACAACUGCCUAACAAUACCCUUUAGAUAAU